ACGACAUGCUGUGAAUCAAGCGAACACAUCUGUUUUUUUGUUUAAAAUCUUCUUAGAAUGACAUUAUUUCUUCACUUGUCAACCAUGAAUUUCGUAGUAGAUGACGAUGAUAUUCCUGAAGACGAUGUCAUUAUAUUUUCCAUACUGUAUUCCUGCGUUACAGUCGUAUUUGCAAUGGCUGUUCUUUCAAAAUUCUUGACAAAUGAAUUUCGAUUUGGAUUUCGAUCAGCACUGAGCUUAGCAGUGUUGUUUUUAGGAGAACCUCUUUGUCAAUUCUUUGUGAAAGGUCCAUUAGGUGUUGGAUGCUUUGCCGCUGGCUGUCUGUUGAUUUAUUCCAUCUUACCAGCCAGCCAUCUUCCUGUCGGGAACAAGGCAGUUGUCAUCACAGGCUGUGACUCUGGAUUUGGAAAUGCUCUCGUAAAGAAGUUGGAUGCCAUUGGAAUGCACGUGUAUGCUGGAUGUUUAGAUAAAGAUGGACCUGGGGCUGUUUCUCUUAGGCAUACCUGCUCUGAUAGAAUGCAUCUUCUGCAAUUAGAUGUCACAAAGGAUGAGGAUAUUUCGAAAGCUGUUGAAAUUGUGCGCCUUGAUGUGGGAAGUGAGGGGCUUUGGGGUCUUGUUAACAAUGCCGGCGUGUGCUAUUUCUCGGAGCUUGAGAUGACCCCUGAACCAAUCAUGCGGAAAAUGUUUGAUGUGAACCUGUUUGGAACUGUCAACACCACAAAGGCUUUUCUACCACUCAUACGACAGGCAAAGGGCCGGAUUGUUGUUGUCUCCAGUGUUCUAGGAAGAAUCUCAUUUGAAGGCUAUGGUGCUUACGGGAUGGCGAAGCAUGCUUUAAUGGCGUUUUCCGACACGUUACGACAGGAGAUGAAGAAGUGGAGCGUCAAUGUGUCAAUCAUAGAACCAACCGGAUAUAGGACAGGAAAUGUUGCAGAAACCACACUAAAAGGUAGAAAAGAAGAAAUAUGGGAGAAGUUAGAUGAAAAUGCCAAGGCAACAUACGGGCUUGAUUAUUUAGACGAAAUAUACAGCAGCCUAAUGGAACAGUGCAAAACUUUCCCGGACGAUUUAACUCCAGUGGUGCGUGCAAUGAGAAGUGGGCUCCUCUCCAAGCGCCCGAAAGAGCGAUACCCAUGUGGUGCGGGUGCUGAUAUUUUUACGUAUGUGAUGAAUUUACUACCAAUUUGGUGGGGAGACACAAUUUCGUUAGCAAUGUCACCCAUUCCAAAAUCCUCUCACCCGGCGGCACUUCGCAAUGAUCAAUAAAACCAUUAUUUUCUUUUGUGUUAAGAAAUAUAAAAAGUAUUUGGUAUUGUUGCUGUCUUUGUUACUAUUUAUUUUUAUUUAAGUUUUGAUUUAUACUUUGGAAUAAUGUUUAUCCAUUUUUAAAUGGAAAUUAAAAGUUAAAAAAAAUGAUUGCUAUUUAAGUUCAAUAAGGUGCAUGCAGGUUUUACGUUAAUAAUUUUGUUUGUCAAUGAGAUUACUGAAUAUAUUGUUGUUGUUUUCAAGUAAUUUUUCUUAUGUCAUGGAAUGUAUGUGGUUGUUUGAUAAAACGUUUUAAUUACCAUAGUAUACUGGCAUUUUUAUGUCCAUAAUAUUUGUUUAUGAACCAUUUCCAGUAAGCUUUUAUUUACAGCUUACUACACUAUUAGCUCAUUUGUUUUCUAGGAAAGAAGUUUUGAGGUAUCAUUAUAGUCUUAGUGUCUUUGUUGUCAGAGCACAAAAUUUUUAAUCUUCACUAGAAUUUAAAAAAAAAGUGUUAAUGAUAUUCAAAUGAAACUUGGUUCACAUGUUGACAGAAAAAAAUUACACAUGUACCGGUAUGUUAAGGCCCAUAACUCUUGCUGUAAUAUAUUAUGAGUUUAUCCCCUUUUUUCCUCUGAAAAAGAACAGUUGAGCGUUGAAAAUUACUAAGACACUCUUGUUUCAUCAUGUUACAAUGAUGUUUAUGUGUUUGUAAUGAAGUGAUGGUAAAACAAACAUAAUUAUGUUAUGUUACCUGUACAUAUAAUUAUAUGUGUUCACAUCUUUUUAGGCAUUUAAUUAAUAGUAAUAAUAACAUUGUGAUUAGUCAUUACAUCUGCAAUAUCCUUAUUUAAAACAUGAAAUUAAUGUAUAUCUUUAUUGUAACUGAACAGUGUUAUACAUUCUAGUCUGCACCACAUGUUUGUCUCCCUAUAUUGAUUCAUGGUUUAGUGAUUUGUCCUGUUUUUAAACAAAUAUUCUAGGUGUCAUAAUGGCUUUAGUUUUGUCAUUGGCCACAAAGCUUAUUCACAGUUAAAAUUAUUCAAAUAGAACUGAAUGCACAUGGACAUUUCAUCAUCUUAAUGCAAUUACUCAAUAUCUGCUUCUAUUUCUAAAUUAAAUUAAUGAGUUAUUGCACUAAGGUGAUGAUAUGUAUCCCAUAACUCUGAUUUUAUCAAUUAUGAGUUAUGCCCCUUUUGGCUGAAAACAAAAACAAAUUUCAGACAAGAAUUGGCAUGUGAUUGCAGUGCACUUGUUUAAAGAUAAUCAUUUGAAGCGAUGUUAGCCAUAGAGCAAAAUAGUUCAGCACUUUCUAAUCUUCAAUUAUGUUAAAUGACAAAAUUUCACAGGCCAUAGAUCAAGUUUUAUCAUGGAGCGAAUUACAAGUCGAUUAUUCCGUAUCAUCUAGGAAUACAUAAUUCAGUCUCAAAAUAUUACUUAUUUUACUAACAUCUUUACAUUUAGUUUUAUAUUCAUUAGAGAAAAUGUAUGUAUUAUUCACUUGAAGUUCAAAGUUUUUUUAAUAUUACUAAAAUCUGAAUUUGGAACAAGCUUUUUUUUCAGAGGGGUAGGGGGGUAUUUUUUAUAAAAAAAAUAAUGGGGGGGAUGACGGGCCCGAACUGUGUAGAUUUUCUUAUUUUCAUUGGAACUUUGAUUUUUUAGCUACAUUAAACAGUUUUCUUGUUGAGGUGGAUAAUAAAGAUGUUUACAUGUUAUAGAAGGCAAGGAAGAUUGUCUUACCUAAAUUAUAAGAUCUUGGUGUUUGGAUGGAUGAUGUCAAUGUGUAGUUUUAUUUUUUUAGCUGUUGAAUGGAUGAUGUUGUGUUUUAUUUUUAGCUGUUGAAUGGAUGAUGUCAGUGUUGUUUUUUUUAGCUGUUGGAUGAAUGAUGUCCGUGUUGUUCUAUUUUUAGCUGUUGAAUGGAUGAUGUCAGUGUUUUAUUUUUCGCUGUUGGAUGAAUGAUGUCAGUGUUGUUUUAUUUUUAGCUGUUGAAUGGAUGAAGUUGUUUUGUUUUACUUUUAGCUGUUUAAUGGAUGAUGUCGUUUUGUUUUAGUGUUUGUUAUACUAUUGUUAUCAUUUAUUAAUUUCUCCACAUAUAACUUCAGCUUACAAAUAUUUCUAUAAGUUGCAUAAAAGGCCUGACAGAAAGAUUUGACAAGGUUUUUCGAGAGUCACAUUUAUCUUUAAUUUAACACACAAAGUAAUCAUCAAUUACUUAGUAGUUGUUUUUUUUUGUGCCCAUAUUGCAAACAUUUUUGUUUUUCAUUUAUAUAUAAAUAAUUUUAUGGAAAUAUAAAUUAGUAACAUAUGAUUACAGUAUCAUACACAGGUCUAAUUGAUGACUAAUUAACUGUUCAGGUCAAAAUUCCUUUCAGAAAAUAUUGUCCCAUUUGUUUCCAUAUUUGAAUCUUUUCCAGUUCCAUUAUGAUGAUGUUCUUGAAUUGUUGGCCUAUUUUAUUAACAGAUUUUUUGCAUGAGUAUCGAUUUCUGUUAUUUUUUUGUGUUUGAUACAGAUUUUAAAGCUGCAGUCUCACAGAUUGAACGUGUUGACAAAUUUAUUUAUUAUUUGUCUUAGACUGAGCCAAUUUAUAUGAAAAUGCAUGGAAACCAGACUGCUGACAAAAAGUCAGAUCGCAGGUUUUCAUAGAUUUGUUCAAAUUUGAUGUUUUAUAUAUUUUUCUUAACUGUUAGUAACGCAUUUAGCCAUAAAACAUCAAUUUUCAACGGAAAUAUGAAAAUCUGCAAACUGAUCUUUUAUCAGCAGUAUUAUAUCACUGGUUUGCAGAUACAUACGCAAAAUUGGCUCAUUCCAAGCCAAAAAAUAAAAAAGUUGCUAAAACAGUAAAUCUGUGAGAGUGCAGCUUUAACAGUCGUCUUGAUAUGUAUUCUCACAAUUGAAGUGUUCACUUAGUUUGUUUACAUUAAAUAUUUUCAUUAAAAUGUACCUUCAAAGGUGCUCAUGAUGGCCCAUAAGUAUAUCUUGGAUGAUUCAGGUUUUAAUGCCAGACACGCACUUUUUCAUUGAAAUGAAGAAGAUUCAAAAUGAAAAAUAAUUGGAUAUUUAUUUUACAUAUAGGUAAUCAGCAAGUAAUAUCCUUACAAAUUGAAGUAAUAACCCACUAAAACUGGGUCACCCAAAGACUGUAUUUUGAGAAAAGUACUUAAAUUUCCCAAUUUUUGCUCUAAAUGAAGUGUCUGUAGUAAAAUGGUCCAUCUUUACAAAACUGUUUGUUCUUAGUGGAUGCUUCAGUAACUCUACUUUUCGAAACUGUUGGUCUAAGUGUGAUAGUACAGGUCCAGGGCUCUAGUGGUACAGUUUACAUGAGAACCCAUUCAGUCUAUUUACCUUUUUGCUUUUGCUGUGAUGGUCACCGAAAAUGGCAUUUUAAACAGGUUGCUCUUUGCUUUUCUUUGUCUGGUAUAACAUGAAAAAGCAACACACAGCAAUGUGUAGACUUUGCAUAAAAGUUAUUGACAUCAGUUCAAUGGAUGAGUCUGCCCUGAAAUCCAACACAGUCGUCAAAACACAAGAUAAAACUGCCUAUCAAAUAAAAUUCCUUGAAAUCUACUUAAAAUUGCCUUGAAUAUCUUUCCAGCUUGGCUGUAUGAACCCUGUUAGCAGGAAUGCCAAUGGCACGAUCAAACAGAAAGCCUAUUCGUACAUUAGAUACCUUAAAUCCAACUGCAACUCGUACUGAUACAAGUAGCUUCACGUACAAGACCAGUGUGGUUUCUCAACCUCUUCACUCUGUUUAUAUUACUGUGAUUUGUCCACAGACUCAAUGCCCCCCCCCCCCCCCCCACACACACACAGAAAGAAAUGAUGAAUAAAAGCCAGUUGGUUGCUUCUGGUUGUUUCUGUAUUUGUUGUUAGUAUUGACUCUCCAGUUUGCGUCCAAACUGUAAGGAGAGCCCUCUAAGGAGCUUCUGAAAAUAGUCAGUUUGCCUCUGGGCAGAAUUCUUCAUCCAAUUGAUUAAUGAAGGCCUAAAGUGGCCUCUUAACCUGCUGAAAUGGUUUCAGCUGCCUGGCCCCAAUAUCAAAGGGGCACGAAGUAUUUUCGUAUUAUAUGGGCCAGGUAUAUCCCAUCCCUAAUUAAUUAUCUGCUAUGAAUAUCACUGAGUGAAUUUCACAUACAAGACAUUUCUGAAGCUCCACCAAAAUAGAUCUCGAAAAGUGAUUUGAAUAAAACAGGUUAGUUAGGUAGAUAGGUAUUUUUUUUUUGGGGGGGGGGGUGGGAAUUAUUUUAUUGUCAGGAAAUCAACACUGUGGAAUAAAACUCUUUCACCCUGUAGAAAUAUGAGCGUUACAUGGUUUAUAUUUCAAAAAGUAAUAAAGGAUAUUUUUCUUUUAUUUUUUGUUUUACAGAAGAAUUCAUUAGAGUUGGAACUUAGAUAUAGGGUUGGUCAGGUAAAUGGAACCAUAACAUUGUUUUUGUUUGGUCUAAAUAAAAAACCAUGCUUUUACAUGUAGUGAAACUGUUUUAUCAUAACUGCUCUGUAUUCUUAUGUAAUGCAUGUGCUGAUGAAUAAGUUUCAUGUUUUAAUUUACAUAUAUCUUAUAUUUGACUAGACAGUUUAACAAACUGUGUCACCUUAAGACGCUUAAGUAUUCUCGUUAUCUUUGAUUGUUUUUUGCUUUGAACAACAUCUUUAUGACUUGUGUUCUUUUUUUCGCAAACAAUGCAAACUUUAUAUCAAUGCAAAUUUAUAUUAUUAUAUGGUUAAUCACAUUCAUUUUUGUAAUUUUCAAAUUUAUUUAUAUUUGCUGCUGCACAAUUUUAAGCAUGAAUCUGUUUGAUUUCUUUGUAUAUCCAUAAGUCUAUCCUUUUACGCAUGGAAAAGAUGCUAAUUUAUUAAAUAAAAUGAAAUGAUGGUUUUUCCGAUGUAAAUUCAUCAAAAAGUUUUUGUUACCUAAAAUACCUUUCUUUGAUAAGAUCAUGUCUCAGUUUGUCCAGUUAUGGUACUUCUAUUGUUGUUACAGAUUUAUGUUGUUUAAUUUUCAAAAUAAAAUUGAUGCAUUGUUUUCCUUUCUGCAUGACAUUGUACCGAUUGCUUUGAUUGUAAUAAACUAUGAAGCAAGUAAGUGGGUGACUGCUUUAAUUGUAAUAAACUAUAAAGCAAAUUGUUGACAGAUGGCUUUGAUUGUAAUAAACUAUGAAUCAAGUAAUUGACCAAUGGCUUUGAUUGUAAUAAACUAUAAAGCAAG